AUUGAGUGCAUUCCAUUGGUGUGCUAAGUAAACUUUAAGGAACUACAUGUAAAUUGGUUGUGUAAGAUGGCAGCAAACCAAGCUCAAACUGGAGGCUACGAGUGUAACUGGACUGAGGAUACCCCAGAUGAUCUCAAGUGUCAAAUCUGUCUAAUGGUGGCCAAGGAUCCUCAGCAGCAUGGAGGCAACAAAGGAUGUGGCAAGAUCUUCUGCAAUAGCUGUAUAACAGUACAUCAAAGGAAUAGUCAAACCUGUCCAAACUGCAGGGAGCAACUGAGUCUCUUUGAGGAUAAGAGAAGUGUUCGUCAUGUCAAUGCUCUGAGAGUGAAGUGUGACAAUCUGGAGAAUGGUUGCAAGUGGGAGGGAGAGCUGGGAAAUCUAGAUACUCAUCUAAACACAUGCGACUAUGCUUUAUUGCCUUGUGACAACAAAUGCACAAACAAAGGCCAGAUCAUAAAAGUUUCCAGAAAAUAUAUGCAAGAACACCUCGCCAAAAACUGCCCGAGACGUCAGUACAAGUGUCCACACUGCAAGGAAAUGGGGGAACACCACGAGAGGACCAGUACCCACCUCAAGACCUGCCCACAAGUUCGUAUACCCUGCUUCAGUCCUCUUUGUACAGCAGCUAUUCCACGCUGCAAACUCCCCGCCCAUAGAGCUGCGUGCCAGUAUGAGCGUGUGCCCUGCAAGUAUGCUGAGGUUGGGUGUAAAGAGAAAAUUCUGCGCAAAGACCUCAAGAAACACGAGGAAGAUGAUCAGCUUCACCUGAGAAUGAGUAUUGCCAAAGUUCUCGAGUUGACGAAGAAAACCAUAAGUUUAGAGACGCACAUUUCUGAGCAAAAUAAAGUGCUAGUUGAACAAAGUGCAAGGUUGACACGUGUGGAGAGCAAACCACAAUUAACAUUUAGAUUGGAUUGUUUUGAGAAUAAAAAGAGUGAUAAAAAUAAAUUCGACAGUAGUUCUUUCUACACAUCCCCAAAAAUGUAUAAAUUUCGGAUUCGGGUCUAUGCAGGUGGUAAUGGCUCUAUAGAAGGCACUCACAUUUCAAUAUACGCCACUCUAAUGAACGGAGAACACGAUGAUGCUCUUACGUGGCCAUUUCUAGGAGAAGCCUCCUUCGAGCUGCUUAAUCAGAUCGAGGACAAGAACCAUUAUAAAAAGACUGUACAGUUCAAAAAUAAUGCACGUCCGAGAAUGGUGGAAGGUACAUUGGGAAAAGCAAAAUUCAUUGCACACACAGACCUCGCAUACAAUCCAGCCAAGAAUUGUCAGUACCUGAAAGAUGAUGCUCUAAUCUUCCGAGUUUCAGUGCGACCACCAAGUUACAAGCCAUGG